AUGUUUGAGUUUCUGCACUCCCGCGCGGCCCCCCCCGGGACGCGAUGUGUUACCCCCGAGUCCAGCAUUCUUUCCGAGUACGUCUUCUUCCCCUUUUACGACGCGAUUGUGCGGUAUUACCCGCGAUGUUGGGUGCCGAACACGCUGACCUUGUCCGGCAUCUUCAUGACGCUCACCUCCACGCUGCUGCUGCUGAGCUCGAUGCCGAUGGAGACGGGCUUCGGCUCGCCCGGGAUCAGUUUCCUACCGCAGUCCUUGACCGCGGCGGACUGGGAGCGCGCGAGCCCGUCCUCGCUUUCCUUUUUGGAGGUGACGCCGUACUUUCCUUGGAUGAGCCCAACCGCGCAGCUGAUUUUGUGUGGGGUUUUAAAUUUGCUGUACUGCAUCGCGGACAACACGGACGGGCGGCUGGCGCGGCGGGAUUGCAAAUUCAGCGGGAUCGGGGAGUACUUGGACCACGGCUUGGACUGCGUGACCUCCUUGCUCUCCACCUGCUGCGUUUUUUUAGUUUUGGGUUAUUCCCUCAGCAACAUGGCUACCACCGUCUGUUUGGUUGCCAUCGCUACAGAGCUUUCUCACACUUUAAAUUAUGAAAAUAAUAUCUUUAUUUGGGGGAAUCGAAUCCUUUCGGUCGACGAGGCGAUGGUUUUCUUUAGUCUGAGCAUGUGGUUGCCGCUACUUUCUCCAAGUCUGAUUAAUGGACGGAUUUCAAAAAGUCAUGCGUCGGUCAUUUGCGUUGGGUUCGACACCUGUACUUCGAUGGUUUCACGGCUUAAGUGGAUUGAAAUAUUGUAUAUUUUCUACAAUAUCGCUCAACUCACAACGCUUUUGAGCCUCAUACUUAAGAAUCGCCAAAUGUUCUUUAGGGGUCAUACCAUCACAAUUGUGUUAAAUUCGGUUGUUUUUCUCGGUUUAAUCCCACGGCACUCCGCACAGAUCGCGGCAGACCCACGCUCUGUCGUUCCGGGCUACGCCUUCAGCCCGUUCAGCUAUCCGGCGCUGUGGAUUAUUACCUGCGCGUGUGCGAGCAGCACCAUUGUGCACAUCCCAAUCGCGGCGAAGUGCGCAAAGCUUCCACGCACAAACGCGAUCCCUCUGUUAGGGGUAUUGUUUGUUUGGAUCACUUUUGCAUUCUAUCCUUCCGUUGGAGCACUUCUUGCGGUAGUACUUCAUGUAUCACAAGUACUACUGGUCAUCCAUUAUAUUGAAAAGACACACCAUCCUAAAAUGGCAUAG